AUGUGACAUUAUCGUCUUUCAGAUCCUAACACCUACUAUAGAGAGGUAUACAUGAGACAGUUUCAGGCUGAACCUGAAGCACAACCAGGAUGCACACAACCUUACUUUUCCCAGACCCAGAAUGAUAGAGACCUGAGUGAUUGUGGCAUGUCAUUGGGUCCCUUGCCUCAUGCUCCCGUGGUUAAGAUAAUGGAAAAGACAAUUUCAGACUUCAACAACUCAGUGUUUGGGUCAGAGGUAAAUGCUGGAGAGCGAAGAGGUGCUGACCAUGACCUGCAGCAGGAUCUCUCUUCAUUUCUUAACAUGGACUCUGGUGACUGGGGAGAAGUAGAGAGAAACUAUUUAGUCUCUAAGAAUCAUACAACAUUACAGGACAGAGAGAUGUUUCUAAACAGAAAUGGCAUGCCUAGUCUUCAAAGUAAUAUGUGUAAGAGCACCAAGAUGCUAGCACCAAGAGUACUAAACAGAAUUACUUUUUCUCAAAACAGCUGUGUACAAAAUUCACAUAAUGAGGUUGCAGCUAAGUCAGUGAAAUUUUGUGGCUCUUCUGUUGUUACUUCAGUAGUAUCUGAUGUCCAUCCUGAUAAUAUGAUAGCCUACAGUGAGCUUGAUGGAGUUGAUCCCCACCUCUUUGAUUUAUCAUUAUCACCUAUAUUAGAUAUACCUCCAUGUGAAGGAGAAAACACCAUCGGUCCCACAGCUCAGUUAAACAACAAUGCAACCAUUCUUACAGAAGUAACUUCAUGUCCUCAAACAGCAAAUGAAAGUAAAAACAUAAUUCCAUUUAGUGAUCAGGAAAACAGUGUUGCAGCUGAAGUUGUUUUAGAAACAAACAUAAUGAAAGAUCCUCAGAUUUUACAGAACCAACAAAAUUUACAUCUUGGAGAAGGUGAAAUCAAUGUACAUAGGGAGGAGAUGGGAGGUGAAAAGGAUUUGGUUGAUUUAGAAGAAAAUAAAAUUACAUUUGUUGCUCCUAAUGUCACAUUAUAUUCUGACAACCAAAGAAGUUAUAUUAAUGAGCAUAACUACAAAUUACUGAAUGGUGCUGUUGGAAAAAAUUCAAAACUCCUUGAAAAAAAUACAGAGUUAGAUCAUUUUAGUGUGAAUGAGAACAUGAACAUGCCCAGUAUUCUCACUGCUAGUAUUUCUCAUGUAAAGGAUAUUGAUGCAGAGCAGGUAGAUGAAUUACCCACUACUGUUAAGCAUACAGACUCAGAUGCAAGUGCUCAUCCACUUAUCUUGGAAAGUAUGAAUAAGUUCAAUGCAGACACUGAUGGCAUUAUGGAACAUAAGAGUGAGCAUUCUAAAAAAAAUACAAACAUGAAUUUAGAACUUCAGAAAGCUUGCAAUGAAAGUGUGGAUAUAGUAUUGUAUAAAAACACUGAUGUCACAGUCCACAAUAAGACCCAAGAAUGUAAUAUUAAAGAGAAACUCUGUACUGAAAUCAAAGAUACAACUCUAGAAUCAGAAGAUGUUCAAACAAUCAAUGAAAAUGCAGUAAUUUUCAAUACAUCCUGUGAUGCAACUCAUUACUCUGAGUUUAUUGGUGAAGAGCAGGAAAAUAUCAUCCAUAAUAAGGUGUCUGAUAAAUCUGAAAUUUUACACAAGACCAGAUGUGCCAGAUCACAGAUAAUUAGAAAUUUAGAACAUACUACAAUCCAGGAUAGAUUUAUAACACCCAAGAAACCCACCUUUAGGGCACCUUACAAGGUUGUUUCUGAGUCACCAAUUAUUGGCUACCCGCUAGACAGAAGAAAUAUUACAUCAACUCCAAAAGAGACACAAAAGAAGAGAAUCCUCAGAUUUGGAAGUGGGUACUCAUCUGACAGUAGUGAUACCAGUGAUGGAACCAGGGACAUGAGUGAUUACAAGAUCAAACACUUCACAACAAAUGGGGAUAUGAGGCCAGAACAAUACCCAGCUGUAGGCCUGAAUUUAGUUGAGAAAAAGUCUGAAUUCAAGCCACAAUUUAUAAGUAAACUAAGGUGUAAGUUUUCUGUUGACAACAUGAAAAGGAAAUGGAAUGAUAGGCAGUUAUGCCUCAAGGAGAAAAAUCCGACUGAAGCAACAAACCCCAGAAUGACAUUACAAGAAUCUUUAAAUCCAUCAGAGUUAUCCACAGUAAACCCUGAUAUGUGUAAUACUACUGGGUUCAUGCAUUCAAAGACAAAAAAUAGAUAUGAGUGCAGUUUCACUAAGACAAGAGACGAAUUAGAGAGUAACAAGUAUGCUAGAAAGUUAGAUAAAUUCAGAUAUAAUAAAGACCAGUCAGUUAGCCCUGCAGUGAGUGGAGAUAUCCCCAGAACAAAAAAGGGCUGUAGCUUUCAGACUAGCAAGGAGGCUGAUGGAAAAGUAAGCAGUCAUGUGAAAGAAAAAGGCUUAGCCAAAAGAAAGAAAGAAAAUCAAGAACAUGUGACUGUAAGGAAAAGAAAUAAGAGUAUUAGUGAGAGUUGCUCUCCUAGCCAGACAAAGGAUGACAGUAAAAAGACAAGAAAAAGAAAGCCUAAUAGUUUUAGCAAGAAUUCAUCAGAAAGUCAGCAGGCUAAGAAAAACAAAGAUGCUGAAGGAUGCUUAAACAAUUGUAAGAAUAAAAGUAAGAAGAGCAAGAGUGACAAAAAUUCUGUUCUUAAAGAUUCAUCACAGGGAUUGGUUGAUUUACCACAGAGUGGGCCUGCGCAGCAGUUGAUUGGGAGUGAGGCUCAGCUCCUGGCAGUGUCAAAAUAUCUUACUACUGCUCAAGAGUUCUGUAUAACUCUCCUUUACAGGGAUAAUUCUUCUCAGUUGCGAGAGAAGAUAUCCGGGAACAGGAAGCAGCAUCCUGGUAGUGGUCAAGUAACAGGUUUUGCCCUAAGAGCUACUUGGGCUGCAGAUUCAGCUCCUCCACAUGACCUCCUUCCUACAGGUCACAGUGGAGAGCUGACUGAGUGCCAUGGUGAGAGUUGCUGCCAAGAAGAUGGUAAUGGCAGAAUAGAAAGCUUAUGCAACAAAAAAAUUUCAGCAGUGUACAAGAUCUCUCUUGGCAUCAAUUUUAAUAAGGAAAAAAUCAGGUAUAUGUGUUUGGUUCUACUGUUGAACCUCAAUAACUUGGACCCCAAUAACUCAGAUUUUGCGAUAAGUCAGACUCUGACCAACCCAGGAACUAGAGUCUGA